GGUCGGAAUUCUGAACCGACUCUUUUUAUUCUUCCCUGUUAUAUAUAUAUAUAUACCCAGCCAGUCCAGUGCAAUACACCCGAGUCUCCACAUUAGUAUUUUUUGAAUUUCUCUCUUUUCCAAAGUUCUAAAAUCUCAUUCUCUCUCUCUCUCUAAAAAGUUAUUUUCAAGAAGUGAAUCUUUCGCAUUCAAGAAUGGCAUUCUUGAGGGGUGAAGGAGUUGAAGUUUGCAGCAAACAAGUUGGUUUUGUGGGGUCUUACUACGCAGCCACUGUGAUCAACAACUAUGGCAACGAGUCCUAUGCAGUGCAGUACAAGAACUUGGUCACAGAAGACAAGUCUCACCCGCUCAUUGAGAUUGUCAGCGCAGACGAGGUCAGGCCCUUGCCACCUAAGGUUUCAGCAUCUGGGUUUGCUUUACUUGACGUGGUUGAUGCGUUUGAUAAUGAUGGCUGGUGGGUUGGCAAGGUUUCUGGGAGACAAGGCUUCGAUUACUUUGUUUUCUUUGACACAUAUGGGGUUGAGAUUCCUUAUCCAACCUCUCGGUUGAGGCCUCAUUUUGAAUGGGUCAAUGGCAAGUGGGUUUCAAAGAAAAGGGUCUAAUUGAGUGUUGAGUACCACUGGGUUUCAAAGAAAAGGGUCAAUGGUGCAUUCUUUUGGUCUCUAUUGAGUGUUGAGUACUGUUGGGUUUUAACUUAGUUGAGUUUCUUGUAUAAGCUUGAGACAGUCUUGCUCAAUUUUUGGGACUAUUUUUUUUUUUUUUUGGGGUCUUAUUAAUUUGGUAGAGUUUCUUUAGGUUAAUGUAAUUGCAUGAGAUAUUCUUGCUAUAUUUUUUUUUGGGUCUUCUUGAAUGUGAAUGC